AUGGUUGGCUUCUCCUCCGCGGCAGUAACGUCAAACUGCGACGACAUCUCCCAUCGAGUCGUCUCCACAUCGGCCGAGCUGGAUAGCCUGCUCAAAGCCAUCGAUCCCGGGAGCAUUGAAGCUCAGCACUUGAUCUCCUUCUCAGCAAAGCUCGAGCAGUUCGGACAUACUACGGAACGACUCCGGAGAUGUCUGGAAAACGCGUCAGCUAUCUCUCCUGGCCUGCGAAAUGCCCUAGCCAUUUCGGUUCAACCAUGCGCAGAUGCAGCGGCAGUUGUGAAUAAGCAGAUCCGUAGACUCGACCCAGGCAAUGUGACGGGCCUCAAUCCAGACGUGAUCUUGAAAUAUGAGAGCUACCACAUGGCAAACACUCGUCUCUUCACACAGUACAUCCGGGUGGUUCAGAUGCCCACGGUCACCCAGCAGGACUCAAGGCUCUCAGCACCGGACGGACAUCGAUUACUGGAGACGGCUGUAGAAACAUCACAGAUCGUUCUCGCUCGCAGCAACAUUCUCCAAGUCACAGAAGAACCCGGCAGCUCGGUCGAUUCCAGUGCAGCAACUCCAAGAGAGCUCGAGGACAUCCCAACAGAUGCGAAACCACCAGACUACGCACCAGGCAACACAGGCAAGGGAAAAAGCAAAGCCACUGGCCAAUUCUUCUCGUCAAUUUCGAGCUCUUUCAAGGCAAUGACGGCCGGCUUACGAGCUAAACCAGAGCCGAUGGUCAUCGCCAUGUGCCAGGCAGCCAAAAGCGGUGACGUGGGGCAUCUCAAAGGCUUCAUCACGCAAGGAGUCAACAUCAACGGCCAGAACGACGAAGGGUACACGCCGCUCAUAUGCGCCAUUCGUGCCAACCAAAUUGAAGCCGUCGAGUUCCUUAUACGUUCUGGAGCCGACCACUCGACCAAAGACUCGUGUACUGGGAAGAAGAAGCCUCCUCUGUUCCACGCCGCCGAGUGUGGCUUCGUCCCCAUUGCCGAGUUGCUCAUGACAAAUGGCGCAGACACCAAGGAGCGUUCCUGGUCUGGACAGCCAUUCUUCGUUGAGGUUGCUAAUAGCGACCAGCUGGAGAUGAUCAGGCUGUUCUUGUCCUGGGGAUGCGAUGCCAACACUAGCGCCAUCAGUGGACGCACCAUCUUCACACACGCGGUUCAGGCUGGGAGUCUUCCACAUAUGAAGCUUCUCCAGGAGUUCGGUGCCGACAUGAACGCUCGUGACCUCUCUGGCCAGCCCCCACUUCACAUGGCUCUAGGGCAGAACCGUAUGGACAUCGUCUCCUUUCUCCUGGAGCACGGUGCGGACCCCAACGCGACGGACCUGACUGGCAGCAGUAUGAUCAUCUCCGCGUUGCACAAGAAGAAGUACGAUCUUGUCAAGAUGCUUUUAGUCAGAGGGGCCGAUCCUAACGCCACGGGCCUGAUGGGCAAGGGAGUUCUCUGGACGAUAUUGCAAAAUAAGGACAUGGAGGAUACCACCAAGGUUGACCUUUCGCGGGCGCUUCUACAACGAGGGGCCAACCCUAAUGAGGCUGACAGUUGGGGUGAGUCCAUAAUGAGCCUGGUCAUCACGCUGGGUAACACUGAGCUUCUUCGAAUAUUCCUGACGCAUGGGGGGAAUCCGAACAAGAAGCUUAAAGACGACACAUUCCUCCUUUACGCUAUAAACAUGGGGCGGACUGAGGAUGCAAAACUCCUCCUGACACACGGCGCCGACGCAAAUGCGGCCGACAACAAGGGCAGAACACCUCUUAUUGAGGCUCUUCAAUUGGAAAACCAAGCCUUGGUGCAGAAGUUACUGGCUCACGGCGCGGAUGUCAACAAGAUGGGCAAUGUCAAGCCACUGACGCUGGCGCGACUACUUCAAAGCCAGGAACUCGUUGAAAUGCUGACGGAACGAGGGGCCCAGUGUCCUAUCCAACCAAAGCCGGAAAUUGCUCCACCUACACCAGUGUCGCCCAAUGGACCAAGUACGAGUUCCAGGCGGCAAGCUCCACCACAGUCUAGUAGCGCAGAGAUGCCUCCUCCAUAUACGGAAGUAAGUGCUGUCGAUGGGUUGGCAACACCGGGAACUCCAAGUGGCGUGCGGAGGUUAACAUAG